AUGGAAGACUCAUCUUCCGGAAAGUCUGUUAGACUUACUCGUAGUAAAACAACUACUAGCAAACUUGAAACAACUCUCAAGGACAACCGGUUUAAUCCAACAGGAAGUAAAGAUAAGCCCUUAAAACUGAGAGUCCAAACUGGAAAACCUUCGGCAUCAGCAUCGGGUAGCAAAACCUCUCAACAAAUAGAAACAAAUACCGAAAUGGAACUAGAAAACGUAAUCAUUGAAAAUUUAGAUACUACUAUCCAUGAAGAACAACCUUUUACUCUCGUAACUAACCGUAAACAAGCGAAAAGAAGACUUA